UUAGGACCUCCGGCCCUUUUCUGCUUUCUCCUCUGCCCCGACCCCACCAGCAGGGAUCAUCUCUUCCGCCCUCCCGCUCUCCUCGUCACUGCCAACUGUUCUGAAUCGUCGGGGAAUCUAGACUGUCCGUCUCUCGCUUGCCACGUAGACAAGCAUUGGCGCCCAGUACAUUCCUGGCGGCCAAUUACGUUGUCCACGUCGUUGGCUGACGGAGCAGGGCGCACUUCGCGUGCCGCCUUUCGCCUCACCGCCUCGUCGGCGCGCUGCGAGGCCGCGAGGCGUGCCAAAUUCAGCGCCGCGGCAACCACGCCAAAUCAAAUCUGUUGACGAUCGCGAAAUUGAUCUCGCCGGUCCUGUCUCUAAAGAAGGCAAAAACUUCGGCGGGAAGAGUUCGACAAGUCUUCUCUCUCUUUCUCUCUCUGUCUCUCGCACGCGGACACAGACAGACACACACACACACACACACGCAAAUAAACACGCCGGUGCAUACCUGUCUUUAUCUGUGCAGCCAAUCUGGCGGAGAAGGUGCUGGAGUGAAGAGGAGGAAACGAAGGAAAGCGCUGACCUGCGGGACCACGUACCAAUUUGUACAGCAGUCUUUGAACGGGAGGGACAUAACCUUUGUUCGUUCUAAGAAGUCUGUGUUAUCUCCUUGUGAUGCGUGCAGUCGAUAGGACAGGGAAGAGGCCUACAGGCGUGGGGAGGGAGGAGGGAAACAGAGGACAGGAGCUGCUGCUCUCUCCUCGCCGUCGUGGCGCAAGAACGCCAUGUGAUUCAAAGUAAGCUGGCAUUGUGGGCAGUGGCAUGCUGCUGGCUGUGUCAACAGGAGGAACAAGAUUUUGAUAGCGGUGCUACCGUUUCUCCUUCGGCAAUACCAACCGAUACCAACGGCAGUAGCAUCUUCCUCAGGACGGGGAAAGGAAUAACCAGCAGAAGGACAUUCCUGUUCAUUGGUACAUCCCAUCAAAGACAACCGGGUAGCAGGAGUCAGGAGUUCGAGCAUCGGAAACAGCCAUGAGUGCCAUUGCUGGAGUGGAGUUUGAUCACCUCUUCAAGCUGCUUCUAAUUGGUGAUUCUGGAGUCGGGAAGAGUAGUCUGCUACUGCGUUUCACGACUAAUACGUUCGAUGAUCUCUCGCCGACGAUUGGCGUCGAUUUCAAGCUGAAGAUGCUUAAUUUGAAUGGAAAGAGGUUGAAGCUCACGAUCUGGGAUACAGCUGGACAAGAGCGGUUCCGUACUCUGACAAGUUCUUAUUACAGGGGUGCGCAGGGGAUCAUCCUGACGUACGAUGUUACAAGAAGGGACACAUUCACAAACUUGGCUGAUGUGUGGCUGAAGGAGGUGGAGAGGUACUCCACUAAUCCUGACUGCGUGAAGAUGCUUGUUGGGAACAAGAUCGACAAGGAGGAAGAGCGAGUUGUUACCAAGCAAGAUGCCAUAGCCUUUGCACGACAAUAUGGAUGCCUGUUCAUUGAGUGCAGCGCAAAGUCGAGUGUUGGUGUGCAGCAAUGUUUUGAGGAACUCGUGCGAAAGAUUUUGGAAACUCCGUCAUUGGUUUUGGAUACUGCACCUGCUGGGACUGUAAGGCCUGGUGCUGAUCAGAGCGUUGACGUAGCAUCAGGUUGUCGUUGCUGAAUUGGUGAGCAUAUGGCGGGAGGGUGGCCCACAAGUCCGGAUUCUGUGUGCAGAGUGGGGUCAGGUGAGGUUCAGAUGCGAAAAGAUCCAACAAGAUCAUAAAGAAUAAAGACACGUGAUAUUUGGCGGAGGGAAAGGGGUGAUUUGUUUUUUGGGCAAGCAUGCUCUUGGGAGACAGGUUUGCAUAUGUCUUGGCAUCGGAGGAUGGGCGGGUGUCAAGGAGGGGAGAAGCACCAUUGUCAAGAAAAGGUAAGCUAAAGCUGAACUACCAUGUUUCCGUUGCUGGCCCACUUUUUCCCACCCUUGGAAAUCGGUUUGGUUUCCGCAUCACAGCCCUUCACGCUUGGAAAUCGGUUUGGUUUCCGCAUCACAGCCCUUCACGCAAAUGGAAACGGGGGAAGAUGAAGAACAGAAGCAAAUUGCAUUGUCGUUGAUUUGAACCUUGCUGGUGGAUGAAUCGGUGGAUGGAAUGGUGAACGGAUAAAAUGCGCUGAAGUUCUCAAACAUAUAGGAAGUUAGGAACAGUAGAAAGCGCUAGCAACCUGCUUUUGAUGCAGAAUGAGCUUGGCAAUUUGUGAAACAGGAACAAUCAUUGAAACACUGCUCGUGUUUCGACAGGGCUUGCUUCCGCGAACGGAAGAUGCAAAGUGAGGGAGAUUGGAAUCUGUUCACUGCAUUGAGGCAGGCUUCUCAUAUAGGCAAUCAAGAGGUGAGGAUCUGCUUGCAGUUUUGGACAGACUUUUCCCGAAUUAGAAACAAGGCUUUUGUGUCCUUCUCCUGUUUACCGUUGUAUUCUUUCUGUAUGAGAGAGAGAGAGAGAGAGAGAGAGAGAGAGAGAGAGAGAGAGAGAGAGAGAGAGAGAGAGAGAGAGAGNAGAGAGAGAGAGAGAGAGAGAGGGAGGGAGGAGUGAAGUGUGUGGUUGGCUAGGUGCUUGAGACUGGCAGAGUUGAUGCAACGGCGUUCAAUUGCCAGCAGACUUUCUAUCAGCAGUUGGACCGUGCAUGGCCGUGCAUACUUGGAACGCACAGUAGUUUUGUGUGUUCCUUGCGCUUUUGAAUUGAUGGAGGUCUAUUAUGUCACAUUGUGAGGCAUUAAGGUCUAGAAUUUGCAGCAGAACAGAUCCAGGCCGUUGAUAUCUUCUCCAGAUGUGUCCUGGCAUUGAGUCCCAUUUGGCGUAUUUAUGUGCCUAUCGCAGGUGUCUUCUUGCCGUAAAAAUCCUCCUCCUCAGCCCUCCAGAGGGUCCAUGUAUACUGUUUUGGUGAGCAGGAGUGGGUGGGUAAAUUUGGCAAUUUGCCUGAGCAAACUAUGUGCCUGUGAGA